AUGGCGAAGCCACCAGUCUGGUUGCUGCUUUGCCUCGUAUCCGCUGUGGACCUUCAAGAGGCAGUAGAAGGGGAUUGUUGUUCAGAUGACGUUGAAAGCACAGACACAGAUGUCGAACUACAGGAUAUCGAAUUGGAGCAAGCUUGCCCAGAACUCAGUGGUCAGAUCAUUGGCGGCAGACCCAGCUCAGUGACGAGGCACCCUUAUCAGGUUUCCAUGGUGAUGAAUGGAAAUUCCUUCUGCGGUGGUUUCAUCAUUAGCCGGGAUUAUGUUUUGACAGCAGCACAUUGCGUUCUCAAUACAGCGCCGAGCGCCAUACGGCUCCGCGUGGGGAGCACGCGCCGUGACUCGGGCGGGCGUAUCGUUGCCGUCACCAACGUGACCGUUCACCCUCAGUACGGGCGGCCGCGAUUCGACAACGACAUAGCUGCCUUACGGCUCGCCAGGCCGUUGGACUUCACGGCCGCGAUACGGCCGAUAAGGUUGCCUCAGCCGUUACAGCCGGUGCCCCUGGUUCGGCUGACUGUGACAGGCUGGGGCCUGACCGCUCCUCGUGGGCGUCGGAUCCCCCGUAUAAUGAUGGAAGCGCACGUGCCUGUAGUACCACAUUGGUUAUGUCGACUGUCAUACGGCGAUUCUCUCACUAACAACAUGUUCUGCGGGGGCCAUUUUCUCAUCGGGGGAGUGUCUUCUUGUCAGGGUGACUCUGGUGGGCCCGCGGUGUUCCGUGGGACGGUGUUCGGAGUGGUGUCGUUCGCGCGCGGCUGCGCCCUGCCCCUCUCUCCGACCGUUUUCACCAAUAUAGCGGCCCUGAGGGAUUGGGUCACGGAGAACACUGGAGUGUACGAGAUGUUCCUAAUCGGGUACCAGUUCCGCGUGCUGUCGCCGAUCUUCACCAUCCAUUGGGGGCUGCAGGCGCGUCGCUCGCGGCCCCUGUGGCGCGAGAAGCAGAACGAGAGGAACAGGAAGCACUUCGAGACCUUCAAGCGGGAGCUGUUCGCCAGGUACCGCAGGGACCCUUUGCAUCUUCUGCGCAGACCGCAGCAGAAGAAGGCA